AGAGAGAGAGAGAGGUACAUACCCCCCCCCCCUGUCGUUUCCGUAAUCGAGCGUCGAGCUGCAGGAUUUGCACCUCUGCAAUUAAGCACGUUCGGUGUGGGAUGGGAUUCUCGCUAAACGCCGCAAAGCUGCCACAUACGCGGAGCUCCGGCCCCGACGCAUCCCCCACAAGUUGCUAGCGUGUGUGUGGACCGGAGCGGGAGGCGGGCUUGUUUAUCAAAAAUGACUCGACAUGGCUGUGGCGUUGACUCAACAUACACGGCUUCGCGAACGACACACUGGAAGCCAUAACCAGUUGAGAGAGUGAGGCGCGAAUCAUCUUAAUGAAAGUCACAAGUGGGGUUGGGUGGCCAUGGACCCAUUCAGCCAGCUUAUUCUCACCAUCUCGGUGACCAGUUUCUUCACCUUCCAGUGGCUCUUCCACAAAGUCAGCCCCUGGAUGUCCGUUCGCGUCAGCCCCAGCUUCCUCAGUCUCAGUGACAAGCAGAAGGUGGAAUGGAACUCAAGGACGGUGUCAACGUUUCAUGCACUGUUGGUGGGGAUCUUCUGUCUCUACAUCUUGUUCUUUGAUGAUGCCGUCAAUGAAGACCCAGUCUGGGGAGAUCCUACGCUGGUGAAGACUAAUGUUGCCAUCACAACAGGCUACCUCAUAUCGGAUCUGCUGCUAAUAUUUUUCUAUUGGAAGGCGAUAGGCGACAAGUUUUUUGUAGUUCACCAUCUGGCAGCGUUGUAUGCUUACUACUAUGUACUGGGCGAAGGAAUGUUGCCUUAUUUUGCUAACUUCCGUCUGCUUGCUGAGUUUUCUACACCGUGUGUGAACCAGCGCUGGUUCUUUGAGGUACUAGGUUAUCCUAAAUCGUCCCGGCCAAACAUGGCAAAUGGUGUUGCCAUGGCAGUAGUCUUUUUCAUGGUCCGCAUCGCCGUCAUGCCAGUCUACUACAUUCGUAUGUAUGCGGUCUACGGCACUGAGGCCUUCUACCUGGUGCCCUGGGGUGGCCGUGUAGCCUGGAUAGGUUCCAGUAUCUGCUUGGACAUUAUGAACAUUAUGUGGAUGCAUAAGAUCGCCCGCGGCUGCUACAAGGUGCUGCGCUCUGCACGCCAGAGCAAAGCCGGCGCACCUCAAGAGAAUGGGAAGACGGAUUAAGGGAACCGGGGUGUCGAGGAUGAGAAACCUCCUCAACAGAGACAAAAUCACGUCACUUUGUGCAUAUGGGAGCAGCAGAUUGGACACUUACUAUCACACCUGAGAGGAGUGAUAUCACAGGACCGAAUGUAAUGGAGGAAAUAUAAGCUUUUUUGAACAGUGGGCACAGGCUUUGAGAUGUACUGAUGGACCGUUUAACUGGCCACCCCUAAGCCAUGGAAUGACCUCUUAGCAAUACUCUGUGUUCAUGGCCACUUAUUUUUCUCUUGAACAAUUUACCACUACGCUAAAGUGUUUGUCCUGGGACAACGGACUGCUAAACCCAAUCACACAUUUUCAAAAAGUUUACUGUUCUUUACAUACGUAGUGCUCAACAAAA